GAGAGGCCGUGCCCGGGACCGGCUGGCAGACGCUCGGUGCCUCGGCUGCAGCUUACGGCUCGUGUCGGUGACACGGUGACAGAGACUGGAACCGGCGCUGACUCCUCUCUCUGGUCACAGCAAGAUGGUUGACGUGGAAGGGGUGAAGAAGAUGCUUCGGGCCGUCCUACUGGCCAACAAAGGCGGCGUGUCGCUGUCCCGUCUGCAGCUGGAGUACAAAGAGCUGACCGGGGAGCAGAUACCACACAAACAGAUGGGACACAACCACCUGGAUGCACUGCUAGCCAGCAUGCCCUCUGUAGUCCGCACAGAGCGCACCCGCUCUGGAGAGAUGGUGUAUUUUGCUUCAGGUGCCCAUCAGACAGCCCACUUAGCAAAGGUGGUGGCUCGACAGCGCAGCUCCAAGAAGACGGGCCGACCCCACCUGGUCAACACCCAGAUGAGGGUCAAACCGGCUGCCCCACUCGUCCUCAAUGCCAAACCUCAGACCUCUCUGAGACAGCCGAACCACCGCGGGCGAGGUGGGGCUAGAGGAGGAGGCCGAGGUGGGGUGCAUGGAGACUUCAGACAGGCCAGGGAUAUGAGGGAUGGCCAGUCAGAGGGCAAGACUGGGGCCCAUCCGAACAAGAUGCAUCAGAACACACCCAACAGGAAAGAGAACCAACCUGCCGAGAAGUCAGAAAAGAGGAUGACCCUCCCGUCACGGUUCCAGAAGGAGGUGCAUGCUCACCUCUCCAGAAACCCCCAACCGACUGGCCCACCCUUGAAUCCAAACGAAAGCCUCAACUCGGGGAAAGAAAAGCCCUACAACCCUCAGGAGGUCCAGCGGCGCAUCAGUGAGAUUCUGGGGAAGUACAGCAACGGGUUCUGGGUGUCCAAGCUGCCGCAGAUCUACAGGGAGCUGUACAAACAGGACAUGCCCACUGAGGCUUUUAAAGACUUGGAGACCUGGAUACACAUAUGCACUGUAGAGAAAACCUGCAGCAGCAACCCAUCAGAGUUGCUGCUCUACCCUGCCAAGGAACAGACCAGCACAUCCUCCCCUCCGCCCAUCCUCAACCCAAACUCCCCCUCAGCCCCCGGGCCCAAUUCCAGCACCCCAACAGACCAACCUGUGCAGUCCCCCACCCAGAGGACACCCUCCAUCCCCCAUCUGACUCACUCUGGUUCCUGCUCUCCCCGGACUACAACAUCAUCCUCCUCGUCCCCCAGUCCUCCCUCCUCCCCUGGCACCCUGAGCCCCGACCUGAAGCUGAAACUGGAGGAGCUGCUGGUGAAGUACUCCAAUGGCCUGUGGGCCCACGCGCUGCCCAAGCUCUUCCAGGACACGUACAAAUUCAAAUUUCCCGGACAUGUUCUGGAAAACCUUCACCUCCUCUCUGGCAUCUGCACUAUCGACUACCCGAUGCCUGACAACCCAAAGAGGGCCAUCUUGUACAAGGGGAGUAGCAGCAGUGGUGGUGGUGGUGGUGGAGAAGGAAUAGAAAAUGAGAACUGUAAUAGGAGAAUGUCCUCAGCCAGUGAGGAGGAGCUGAGGGUGAGGGAGGAGCUGGGGAGGAGGCUCAGUAACCACGCAGUGCCCUCUCUGCAAAUACCCAAAGAGGAGUACCCCUCUGUGCUUGUGGUGGAGGCCACCAACACCAAUGGAGUUAUAAUCCGGUACAUUGGGGAGGGUUACUCCCUGGCCCAGGAGUCCAUGGAAGAUGAAAUGAGGGUGUUUUACGAUGUUAACCAAAGACGUCCAACCCCCCUGUCGUCUCCGUCCUCCGGCCAGCUCGUUGCUGUCCGGGCCGAGGAGGAGGAAGAGAUCCUCAGGGGGCAGGUGUGCGAGGUCAUGGCUGACAGGAUCAAGGUGCACUACGUGGAUCACGGCUUCUCAGAGGUCAUCAGCAAAACCAAAGUGUUGGAGCUGCAUGAGAGGUUUUUCAAACUGCCGUUCCAGGCAACCAAAUGUAAACUGGCAGGUCUGGAGCCAUUCUGUCAGGAGCCUGCUGUGCUAAAGAGGUUUGAGACAAUGGCAAGUGGAAAGAUCCUACUGGCAGAGAUCAUAGACAGAGGGCAGCCCCCUGUCGCCGUCCUGUAUGACACGUCGCAGGAUGAUGAUGUCAACAUCAACUCUGCCUGUAUGAAAGCCCUGCAGGACAAGACGCUUACCAGCACGUUACAGGUGAACAGCGCUUAUAUGAACGUGACUGUCAGAAGCGUCUGCUCGGAUGGGACCAUCUACUGUCAGCUGCCCUCCAGAGGCCUUGCCAAGCUGAAUGAGACACUGGAGAACAUAGAGGCGUACUUCCACUCACAGGUAACAUCAGAGUUCCUGGUAUCAAACCCCUUCUGUGGUAAAGUGUGUGUGGCUCGCUACAAAGGCAAAUGGUCCCGUGUUGAGAUCACCAACCUGCAUGGCCGCAGAGUGCUGGACAUCUUGUUCAUCGACGUUGGCGUCCAGGCUUCCGUAGAGGUGUUCGAGCUCAGAGAGAUCCCACCGCAAUUCCUCCGUGACCUCAUGGCCAUCCCACCACAGGCUGUAAAGUGUUGUCUAGCGGACUUGGCAGUCAGUGUUGGAUCCUGGACUCCAGAUGCUGUCCAAUGGCUUAGAGAGAAAGUGCUCAACAUCACGGACUGCAGCAUGAAGGUUGCCAAGGUUGAUGAAACCAAGCGCUGCACUUACGUCCACCUCUUCACCGACAAGAACUUCCAUGACGCUGCCCGCAGCCUCAACCAUCAGAUGGGCCAGUCUGACCUGUUCCGACAGCAACCUGAUGUUUUCCUGACGAGCCACAGGUGUCACAGCCCUGCCAAAAUCUCUACAACCACUUCAUCCUCUAGAAUUGCCAGCUCUGGGGACCACAGCAAUGGGAGUUUGACGUCAACCUCUUCCCCAGGCCGGCCUCAUCUCAGGAGGGCUCUAUCAGGACCCAGAGGAGGUGAAGGAGGCAACACGACUAGCACCAGCCCACCAGAGGCACCGUCACCCCCCUCAUCCUCUCUCCAGCUGCCGCCGUUACUAGAGUUUCCCCCAGCAGGAAACAACAUAGACGUGUACGUGUCGGUGGCCUGCCAUCCAGGCCACUUUGUGCUGCAGCCCUGGAGAGACAUGUACAGGCUGGUUGUGUUGAUGGGAGAGAUGAUUCUCUACUACAGUAAAACUGAGGAGAAACCGCUCGCACACAUUGAGAAGAAUCACAUAUAUGCUGCUAAAAUAGAGAACAGCUGGCAUCGUGUUUUAGUUAAGGGGGUUCUGAGCAAUGGGUCGGUGUCUGUGUACGAGUUGGACUACGGCAAACAUGAGCUGGUCAGCUGCACACAGCUGCGACCUCUCAUCAAGGAGUUCAGACAGCUGCCGUUCCAGGGAAUCACUGCUCAGCUGGCAGGCCUGAAGCCGAGGCAGUGGUCAGAGGAAGCUUCUAUCGUUUUCAGGAACCAUGUGGAGAAGAAACCCCUGGUGGCCCAGCUGGAGGCUGUACAGGAAGCCACUAACCCGUGGGACAGGAAGCUGGUCGUCUUCCUGGUCGACACCUCACAGGAAGAAAGGGACAUCUGGGUGCAUGACAUCAUGGCGGAAUUUGCUGAUGAGCCGACCAACAAGCCGUAGACAAUAGAAGAUCUAGCACAGCCCUCUCCUUCUGCUCAAUGAAGACGCUGUGAUCUGUGGAUGGAUAAAAUAGAAGAAGGUUCUCCAUCUGAAUAUGUAUUCACCUUGUGGACUAGAAGAAAAGAUGAAAGAGAAGCUACGAGUAGAAGGGAAAGGUUGGAGAGCGUUUAGAGACUGCCAUUAACAGAAACACCAUCGGAGUCGGAGCUUUAGCCGCUUGCUUCUUGUGUUUUUGGAGGGAUGCCGUGAUGUGAUUUUGGGUGACUGCAGUGGGACUUCCGGUCCAAUCUUGCCACAAAUACUCCUCAGCUUAAUGUGACAAACUGCUGAAUUUCUUCGUAAUGUCUUUGUGGUGGUGAUACAACAUGCGUUGUUGUACCAAAGACGUUGCUGCUGAGCAUCAUCUUACAGCACAGGACUGUGAGUUCAUCCAGUGACAGUGUGUUUCAUCCCGGGGACGCCUGCACCCUCUUAGCCCUGCAAAAUGUUUAAAUUAGCUGUUCUCACAUUCUAGGAAGACUUAAAUACACUCGUUUACUAAAUCUGCUCUUUGGAUAGUGUUUGUGAUCGUCAGAAACUUUCCAAAAAAUUGAGCCAACAUUCCAUUGUAAGGAGAAGAAACAGGCAAGUCAGUAGUAAGUAGUUUUGCUUGAAUAAACGGUUUCUGGUCAGCACACGAAUGCUGUACUGACCAAACGAGAACACAAACGGAAGUCGAUCGGAUUGGUGUAAGAUGUUUUCAUCUGAUCUUAUCUGAUGAUAUUAGGGUGUUUUGGUGUGGUACAUCCUGUGCUCAGGAUUUUACUUUGAAUUGAGAGAAAACAUUGACACGCAAACCUUUUGACUGUGUAUAGUUUAAAAGCGUGUGUAGCCAGAGUAACUUCUGGCUUUAUUUUUCAAAUUAUGGUCUUACAAUACAAAACAGAGACUUGCUGCACGUCAAAGGUGUUUAUUAUAUACUUUGAUGUUAUAAUAACAAACACAUAAAGUUCUCAGUAGUGUUGAGCUGUACUUUAACACGUUGGCCAAAUGGGGGAUUUUAUUCUGAAAUGUGUGUUUUUCUCCCACACCUACACCGUGGUGUAGUAUUUGCAAAUGUUUCUCCCACUCUGAAGGCCGUAGACCUGACAAAGCUCAAAGCUGCAUUGUUGUUAACAAUUGACCGACAAGAAUAUAAUUUAUAUUUAACUUUUAUUAUCGUGAUAAAUGCUUUUAUGGUUUCCAUUUUACGUGUUUGUUUGACAGUAACCUGGAGUUAAUAAAUUACUUGAUUGUGGAA